UCUCUAUUAGGUGCUAUUUUCGUCCUGCCCUGGAAGACAUUUAUCCACCAUCUACCCACCCUGACAGCACCCAAUAAACCCACCACUCCCAUUCAUCUCCACCCCUCCACCCACCUCCAGCCUCUCUCCCUCCCUCGCUCGGUCCGUCUCCCUCUCUGCUGCCGACCAGCAUUUGUGAUUUAAAAAACAACAUAGUUGAAUGGUGUUUGGUCGUCCAGGAGGAUUACAGACUGGCAGCGCAAUAUAUCACAAAUAUAAUUUGUCUCUUACACUUUUUGAAUCUACUUUUGGAGUCCCAGCUGUUGUGAUCUAUUUAGACCCGUUUUUCCAAAGCAAAGUUUUCUCCAUGAGUAUCCAGUCCGCGCGCAGCAGCACUUGAUCUCGGCGGGGAAGCGGAGAAAAGGAAGAUGACCAUUCACGUCGAGGGUCUCGUGGCUAUCGUGCUCUUCUAUGUCCUGAUUCUGUUUGUGGGGAUCUGGGCUGCGUGGAAGAAUAAGAACUCUGGAGUUGGCGAUGGCUUAGAUCGGAGCGAGAAUAUCAUGGUUGGGGGAAGGGACAUCGGCUUGUUCGUUGGUGGAUUUACGAUGACCGCCACUUGGGUGGGAGGGGGCUACAUUAAUGGAACAGCAGAAUAUGUCUACCUCCCAGGCUUCGGCCUGGCCUGGGCACAGGCACCCUUUGGUUAUGCUCUCAGCCUUGUACUAGGGGGGCUUUUCUUUGCCAAACCCAUGCGAUCACGUGGAUAUGUGACCAUGCUAGAUCCCUUCCAGCAGCUAUAUGGAAAAAGGAUGGGUGGUCUGCUGUUCAUCCCUGCACUCAUGGGAGAAAUCUUCUGGUCUGCAGCCAUUUUGUCCGCUUUGGGUGCGACUCUCAGUGUGAUAGUGGAUAUAAAUAUCAACAUGUCUGUGGUGAUCUCAGCACUGAUAGCCAUCUUCUACACACUUGUUGGAGGACUUUACUCUGUUGCAUACACAGAUGUGGUCCAGCUCUUCUGUAUCUUUCUGGGUUUGUGGAUCAGUGUGCCUUUUGCUCUGUCUAAUCCUGCCGUGUCAGACAUCGGUGUUACAGCCAAGAAAACAAUCUAUCAAUCUCCUUGGCUCGGGAAGAUUGAGCCUGAAGACAAUUGGCUCUGGGCGGACAACUUCUUUUUGCUUAUGUUGGGGGGGAUUCCCUGGCAGGUCUAUUUUCAACGGGUUCUUUCUGCUUCUUCAGCUACCUACGCCCAGGUCCUUUCAUUCCUUGCUGCCUUCGGUUGCUUGGUCAUGGCUGUCCCCUCUGUCCUCAUAGGAGCUAUAGGGGCUUCCACUGACUGGAACCAAACUACAUAUGGUUCCCUCCCUCCAAAGGAUAAGGAUGAGUCUGACAUGAUCCUUCCUAUAGUGCUUCAGCACCUCUGCCCACCGUACAUCUCCUUCUUUGGUCUGGGGGCUGUGUCAGCUGCGGUCAUGUCAUCAGCAGACUCAUCCAUACUCUCAGCCAGCUCCAUGUUUGCCAGGAACAUUUAUCAGCUGGCGUUUCGGCAGUCGGCCUCAGAUCGGGAGAUUGUUUGGGUGAUGCGCCUCACCAUCUUUGUGUUCGGAGCUCUGGCCACUGCCAUGGCAUUGUUAACAGGAUCAGUAUACGGCCUGUGGUACCUGAGCUCUGAUCUGGUCUAUGUCAUCAUAUUCCCCCAACUUCUCAGUGUACUGUUCGUUAAGGGCACCAACACCUAUGGUUCUGUGGCUGGUUAUAUCUUUGGUCUUCUGCUGCGCAUUGGUGGAGGGGAGCCCUACCUCAAACUACCUCCAUUCAUCUAUUACCCCGGCUGGGUGACCCAGGAGAAGGUCCAUCACCUCACUGGAGAUGUAGAGCACUUUGUCCAGCAGAGGUUCCCCUUCAAGUCUGUGUCCAUGGCGGCAUCCUUCUUGGCCAAUGUGUUUUUUUCUUACCUGACAAAGUAUCUAUUUGAAAGUGGUAUGCUGUCACAUAAGUACGACUUCCUGGAUGCUGUUGUUUCCAAGCACAGCAAGGAGAUAAUGGACAAGGCAACACUGGUAAGCAACCAUGAUAACAUAAUUCUUUCAGAGAUGGCUCCUGUCAGGCAGGUCUUGGGUGCCUCACUUGCUGGGACCUUUACCAACACGGAGGUCCUCAGUGAUGAUGGGGCAUCUAGUCCAGAGGCUUUUCACAAUGAAGAUUAGACAUUUAAGGCACAAAGUAAACUAGAACCAAGGAAUGUAAAGAAGAAGGAACAGUCAAAAGAGGCAUCAAUAUUCUUCAGGAAAAUUACUACUGCCACACUGGGAGCCAAAUCAACAGAGCAUCUGCUGUGGCUUUCAAGUGACUCCAAAAGUUUCUGACGGCAAUAUGGUGCCUCCUUCUUUUUGAGAUUCCUUGCCUAGAAACAGCAAACGGACUCAAUCAUCUGUGCGAAUCAUGCCACACUCAUUCUUGUGUUUUCUUAUCACGACUCUGUGAAACUUCAACCAUUUUCAUUUAAGUGCUGCUAUAGUGAUCGGAGGAACUUUGGAUGGAUGUACAGCAGGCCUAUAUGAGCAAGUCUACAAGGAUUUGUUGUGGAUCAUGAAAAUAGUGCAAUAUCUAACCAAGAAACUGUGUCCACAUCUACAAGUCAUUAUUUAAAGCAUAAUAUACGUAAGUUCGUUUACAUGCACCUGACAACUAAGCUUUUAUCAUACUUUGAGUUUCAUGUAGAACAACGUUAUUGAUAGAGCAAUAAUAUUUUUAGGACCCACGUUGUACAGCUAGAUACAUUUUACUAAAUUUGAUUUUUACCAUGUCUUGUUUAAACCUGAAGACAAGUAGAUGUUUGCAAGUUUUAUGUUCUGUUUUCAGCUCGAUUUAAUCUUCUUGCUGAAGUCCAUAAUUAUAUAACCAAACCCUGACUUUACCAAAUAGAAGAUACUGACUAAAUCAGCAAAAUCCCAAACAGCGUUCCAUAAAAACAUUUUUUUCAUUCACUGCCAACACUUAGCAAGCUAACUACCAUCUUUGUUGUAUUGACAAGAUUACACUAAACAAAAGAGAUCAAUGAGUGACAGCAUAAGAAGAAUUCAUUGUGGGGGUGUUUUAUAGAUACAAGGCAAAAUUAUCAUUCAUUUGAAUGCAAUGGGUGGCCCAGUGGUGUUGUGGUUAACACGCUCGCCUUACACCCGAAAGAUCACCAGUUCAUAACUGGGAGGAGACACAAAGCCAGCCUCAGGAGGUCACAAGCUAGUGUACUCCCACUAUUUUGACCCAAGUCCCUACCCGGAUAAAUGGCAGGGUGUCGUCAGGAAGGGUGUCCACUGUAAAAAUCCAUGCCAAAUAAAAUAUGCGGAUACAUCCUCUGUGGUGGAACUAAGGGAGCCACCGAAAGUACCUAUCCAUGAGAUUAAUGAAGCUUCUGCUCAGCUCUGUUUUGAUCUUUGCUAUUCUUGUCAGUACUGACGAGUCCCUAAAGUUACAACUUUAUUGUAAUUUUAACCCAAUCUCUUUAAUGUGAGCUGAUGAGAUGGUGAUAGUGAAAUCAGAAAACUAAAACAGUGAGUAAAACGACAACAAUAGUUUGGAGCACAAAAGAGUGGUUCUGAGCUCGGUGAUGUAGUCAUUUGAUCCAGUAUUUAUUCUAAAAUAAAGUUUGAUGGUCACAGGGAGACAUAAAGAAUGAUCAUAAGCUUCCUGCUACUGACACUAAAGUUCUGCACUGAACCUAAAUUGUGUGCUGCUGAAUCAUCAUGAAUCAGAGUAAUUAGACAGGAGCUCUGACUUUAUUACACGCCACCCCGUGACCUUUCUUUCCCCUUGUACUUUCCAGGCAGCCAUUGUCUUCCCUUCAUUUCAAUGCAUUAUGAAAAUCAAUUUGCUAUUGUUGUUUUUGUCAAACAUACAAUGGGAAUACAUUUUUAAAAUACCAUUCAUUUACAGCUGGAAUGGUAACACUGACACCAGUAAAAGCACAUGAUGUUCAUUUUGCAAACAGAUUUUAUAAAUGACUGGAACCUAAUAGCAGCCUGGAAAUAAAUCUCAAUGCAAGACGCGACAGUGAACUUUGAAAGUAAUCAAGAACACUUCAGUGAUUUUUAUUUUUAACAUGAACUCACAGAAGCCAUUUUGAAAUGUGUGUGUGUGUGUGUUGUGUGUGUGUGUGUGUUUGUGUGUGUGUGUGUGUGUGUGUGUGUGUGUGUGUGUGUGUGUGUGUGUGUUUGUGCGCGUGCGCGCGCGCCUAUGAUAGUUUGUUUUCUCAUCCUAAAGCUGUAUUGACUGGCCAGCCACAGCAGGUUAGUGGGGACAGGAAAUGAUUGUUCCUCCAGGAUGGUGUUAGUAGCACCAGUCAUCAUCGAUCCGGCCCCAAGUCGAUCAGCCCUCAGGACAUUUGAUUAAUGCUGCACAAAGGUUCAAAAAUUAUGGUUUGUGAGGAGUGUGUUACAGUGCGAUAUUAGCAGUGAUGAACGUUGAAGUGUUACUUGAUUGAGCACCCUCAUACAUUGUUCAGUUUAAGUCCUUACAUUGUCACGGGCCUGGCAGUUUUAAACUACCAGACACACUGCUGCCCUGUGUGGAAAAAAGAACAAAAGAAACAAAAAAAUCUGUCAAGUUAAGAAGAUUUUUGGCAUUGUUAUGUGUUACUGUUGUCCAGUUGACUUCACUGUGUUUAUCUCCUCUUAGCAUCGUUGUGGUUCGUUGGUGUCUUUUUGAAUCUUAUGGACUUGCCUUAAUUCAAACGUCAGUGGUAAAAAAAUGAGUGAUUUAGGAACAUGUUGAAAAGGUGACAUGUAUGAAAUAUUUUUCCAUUGAAGGAUAAGGCUGGUAAUAUUCUAGAUGUUUUUGUCAACAAUUAUUACCAAGUGAGACCGAAAUCAACAAUGUGUUAGUUGGUCUUUUGGUCCUCUCUGACCUCAAAAAGUUCAGCGAGCUAUACCUGGUUUACAUUUUUCCCUCAAGAUCACCUUCUCAGAUAGCUUCUUGUGCUGCUGCUAUUUUUGCAUUGCUUUCUGAUAGUCCUGCUAUGACCACUUGCUCUGUGAGAUUUUAUCACAGACCUCAAAAUUGUGCACAAACCUCAACAUCUGCUUCAAACUGAUCGAGGUUUGUAGGUUCAAACCAUGAAGGAGCAACAUCAGCUCAUGAGUACGACAAGAAGGGUGAGACUACCAUUGUGGAGUCCUACUGCUCUACUGGCAUCUGAAAAAACAUGACCUCAAACGAUGUGAGCACUUGCCAAAAAUAUAAAUGGAGUUAAAGCUUUACUGUGUUGGCACACCGGAGGAGAUCAAGCAUAACUGGCAGAGGUACAAGUGAAUGUGACUGCUACUGAGUGACAAAAAAUAGCAGAUGUGCUGGAAGCUGUCUGGACUUGCACCAACAGGUGAUCUUGAACAGGCGAUGGGUCCUGUUUUAAUCUGGAAAGUUUAAGGAUUUUAACUGGCUGUUUCCCAAAUGUUUUCAACCUUUUACAUGAUCCUUAUUGAUCCCAGAAGUAUGGUGUUUUGUUUUGGGGGUAGGAAAGCUAAGGUUUCGUCUUCAGUGGCAAAACUUGUUACAAUCAUAUUAUUUAUGAUUUUUGCCUUUUUAGGCAAUUAGGUCGCAAUGUAAAAGAUCUAGAAUAACACCAGCCUUCAUCCUUUAAGAUGGCAGAAUGGCCUUGAAGUUAGUCUACAGAGAGCAAAGGGGACUUGAUCCCCAUGUGCAGCCAUAUCAGCUGAGGUAUAGUAGGACCUACUAGAUCCUGAUCUGACCUGAACCAGUUUUAGGAUCGAUGAUAAAUCAGCUUCAGCUUCAAACAGGGCGGUCUGGUCUGAUGCUAUGCAAAGUGUCAGGCAAUCUCAUUGGACUUAAAUGUGAAUGUAAAUGUUCUCCUCAACAGAUGAGUGUGUAGUUUCCAGGGUUCAUCCACAAACCGGAACGCACACACAGAAAAGAAUCAACGUCAGCUGGUGGACUGACACGUUUUUGGCUCUAUGUCGUAAAUAACAAUGACGCUGUAUUUUUGUGUGAUAAAUGUAUAUACCAGGAAAAAAAAGAAAAAAGCAUAGGAACAAAUUAGUUUACCUUUAAAUGCAGCACUGAAAAUGAUGUUUGUUGACAGUGAAAUUACAGCUAUUUAUUUAUUCAUGCAGUGUCUAUAAAAGUAUAGUUGUAAUUGUGAGGUCACUUGAAUAAAUUAUAUUCAUUUAGCAAAGUACUGAGUUGGUCUUCUUUCAUCUAUGCGUACCCACACGUUUGUUCUAUAGUGUAUUAAAUGUAGAGAUGAGACAGUAAC